AUUAGUUAAGCUGAAAAUCAUUUUUGACUGUUUACUGAGACCAAUGGGGGAAGAGUGAUGGUGCUGGUGCUGUUAGUGAGACCAUAGAUCUUGAGCUCCCAAUCUCCACAUCACUGACUUUAACCUGCUUCCUUUCUUUCUAGUAGCCCUUCACACUUCUAAGUGAGAUGAUCACCAUAAUUCUUUCCAAUAAUUCUCAUCACUUCCCACAUACCUUCUUCUUGGCUGGCAUUCCAGGACUGACUGCUGCCCACAUUUGGAUCUCACUUCCCUUUUGCUUUAUGUUCUUCCUGGCAGUGACUGGGAAUGGUGUCCUGCUUUUUCUCAUCCGGACAGAGCACAGCCUUCACCAGCCCAUGUUUUUCUUUCUUGCCAUGCUCUCCUUUGUUGACUUGGUUCUCUCCCUCUCUACUCUGCCCAAGAUGCUGGCCAUCUUCUGGUUUGGUGCUACAGCUAUCAGCUCCCACUCCUGUCUUUCCCAGAUGUUCUUCAUCCAUGCAUUCUCUGCUAUGGAGUCAGGAGUGCUGGUGGCCAUGGCUGUGAACCGCUUCGUGGCCAUCUGUAACCCACUACAUUAUGCAACCAUUCUUACCCCGGUCGUUGUUGCCAAGAUUGGAGGCCUGGUAGUGCUGCGAGGUGUGGGAUUGACCAUCUCCUUUCCAAGCUUGGCCCGUCGGCUGUCCUACUGUGGCUCUCACACGAUUGCCUAUACCUACUGUGAGCAUAUGGCAGUAGUGAAGCUGGCCUGUGGGGCCACCACUGUGGAUAACCUCUAUGCCUUUGCUGUGGCAAUCUUUCUUGGUGUGGGGGAUGUGGCCUUUAUUGCCUACUCUUAUGGGCAGAUUGUGAGGACCGUGAUUCAUUUUCCUUCACCUGAGGCACGUGCUAAAGCUGGCAGCACAUGUACAGCUCAUGUCUGUGUCAUCCUCUUCUUCUAUGGACCAGGCUUUCUUUCUGUAGUCAUGCAGCGCUUUGGCCCACCCACAGCCUCUGCUGCUAAGGUCAUCCUUGCCAAUCUCUACUUGCUCUUUCCCCCUGCACUGGACCCCAUUGUCUAUGGGGUCAAGACCAAGCAGAUCCGGGAGCAGCUGCUUAAAAUGCUGAGACCCAAGCAGAUUGAUCCCACCUGA